GAUGACACAAAAUGAUUUUUUUCAGAAAAAAACUAAAAUUAUGAAAAAAUAAGAUGAAUGGAUUAUUGCAAAUUUUAUAUAAAAAAAUAGCUUUAUAACUAAGAUGGAUGAGCUUUCGCCAAGAAGGGAAAUAAAGCAAGGAAGAAGAGCUGGAAAUGUAUUUCAGUCUUUAUCAACUUCUAUUUUAUCAGAAUCAUCAACAACAACUGUAACACAAACACAGAAUGUAAACAGCUCAUCUCCAAAACCUGCUCGGAGACAAAGUGGUUGGUCUGAUUCUGUUGAUAAGAAAAAGGGUAAGAACGUAUGUGACGAUGAUGAAGCAGAUGACAGGUUAAAAAACGAUUCAAAAGUUUUGUUAGAUACUAAUAUAGAUGAUAUUCCAGUUAUUCCAGAUCUUGAAGAAAUACAAAAAGAUGGUACUACACAGCAAGUUUCUGCUCCUCCAAGUGUGCAAGUAACAAGAGUGGCAACAUAUAAGGAAUUGGAUCAUGAUUUUGAAAAGCAUGCAGGUUUAUUAACAUUGGACAAAGAUAUUGAUCUUAAGUUGUUAGGAUGUGUAUUAUCAUCAGAAGCUGAUGUGUUUGAGGAAGACAAAGUAUGGGAAUGGGAUCGUGUGUUUGCUGAAGUAUCUUCAGAGUUACGAAAUGAUUGGGAAAGUAUCAAAGUUAUUAAUGAUAAAUGUGAUUAAAAUAUGAUAUUACGCGCGUGCGUAUAUAUAUAUAUAUAUAUAUAUAUAUAUA